AUGCAAAUACUAGCUUGCAGUUUGCCUCUACAGUCUCACAGAAUUAUGGGUAGGCGUGAAGUCUGUUUUGAUGGCAUUUCCAACGCCUGUUCUCCCACUGCUUGUCUCAACGACGCCGUUUCCUCUAACUCCAUUCCCAGACCUGUUGACGAUCAGACCAAGGAUUUGGGUGUUGUAAUACGCAAGAACAUUCCUCUCACAACAAGGCGGACGUUGUUUGCAAGUUUACUUAUGUAUUCGUGGUAUCAUCCUUCAAGGUACUUAUCAGCACAUGCUUUAGGAGAUCCAUCUGUGACAAUUGAAGAAGUAACUCCCCCUGUUUCCCCUUCUGGGCCACUCUUCCCUACUGAGGAAAGAAUUGUUCAACUCUUUGAAAGGAACACUUACUCUGUUGUCAACAUUUUUGACGUAACAUUGCGCCCUCAACUUAAUGUAACAGGUGCAGUUGAGGUUCCUGAAGGAAAUGGUUCUGGAGUAGUCUGGGAUGAACAAGGACACAUUGUGACAAAUUAUCAUGUAAUUGGUAAUGCCCUUUCAAGAAAUUCUAAGCCUGGGCAAGUUGUUGCACGAGUUAACAUUCUUGCUUCAGAUGGGGUACAAAAGAAUUUUGAGGGCAAGUUGAUUGGUGCAGAUCGAACGAAAGAUCUGGCUGUGUUGAAGAUAGAAGCCUCUGAAGAUCUGUUGAGGCCAAUGAAGGUGGGCCAGUCUUCUUAUCUUAGAGUUGGCCAGCAGUGUUUAGCAAUUGGAAAUCCAUUUGGGUUUGAUCACACCCUCACUGUUGGGGUUAUUAGUGGAUUGAAUCGAGACAUCUUCAGCCAAACUGGAGUCACAAUUGGUGGAGGAAUUCAAACAGAUGCAGCCAUAAAUCCUGGGAACAGUGGAGGCCCUCUACUGGAUUCUAAGGGAAAUUUGAUUGGAAUUAACACAGCAAUAUUUACUCAAACAGGGACAUCGGCAGGUGUUGGAUUUGCCAUCCCAUCCUCAACUGUACUCAAGAUAGUACCUCAGUUGAUCCAAUAUGGCAAAGUUGUUCGAGCUGGUUUGAAUGCAGAUAUUGCUCCAGACUUGGUUGCCAAUCAACUGAAUGUUCGAAAUGGAGCCCUUGUUUUGCUGGUUCCUGGUGAUAGUCUUGCCGCCAAGGCUGGUCUACUUCCCACCACAAGGGGUUUUGCUGGUAAUAUUAUGCUUGGAGAUAUAAUUGUUGCAGUUGACAACAAACCUGUUAGAAGCAAAGCAGAGUUAUACAAGGCAUUGGAUGACUACAAUGUCGGAGAUAAAGUCCUCUUCAAGAUUCAAAGAGGCGCUGACAUUCUGGAACUGCCUAUAGUCUUGGAGGAAAAAAGUUCCUGACAAGAGGUGCUUAGUAUCCCAUUCUUUUUUCCUAUAUGAUAAUUAUUAAUAGUUAUCUUUUAAUUUUGAUUUUUUUUCUUUUUAUAAUUUCCUCUGCAGUUGCAUAUUGGGGAAAUAGCCUCGAACGUAAUGUAAAAUGAAACUGUUGUGUACAUAAUUAUUUAGUUCAAUGCUAGUCGUUUCAAAUUUAGUGUC